AUGUGCUGGGAGAAGCAGAUAAUCUACACAGACUGCCACCACAGCGUCUUCGAAGACCUGGACUGCACAAACUGGAAGAUGCGCCAGCGCGACCACUCGUCCAGCUUCAACUCCUCUCAGCACUCGGUUCGGAAAGAUCAACAGUACAAAAGCCACGACAACGACAGACCGCAAAAGCGCAAGAGCUCGUGGAUGGUCCUCGUCUGCCCCUUCUUCGCCUUCAUGUCUACGCCAGCACCGGAGAAAGAGGCGUCCGGGUCCGGCGCGUGCCGCGGCAGGAAGCGUUGCGCCAACCCCGUCAGCGGCAAGUGUCCCCGUUGUGUGCAGGACCAGGCCGUCGCCGCUGCGAAGAACCAGGGGAUGGCCGUCCCGGUGACACCGACGCGAAGGCAGCGUCCGGACGGCGCUGCCGCCGCCACUGUUUCGUUAAGACGGCAAGGGUUCAUGGCGGAUGAAAACUUGUGCGUGGAGGGACGUUUGAGCGGGGUUACUAAUGAUGCUUACGGUGCUUCAGGAGACCGACAGGCUUCACAACGGUCAACUACACGUCGAUAUCAGAACUCGGGAUCUUGGGGAGCGCCAAGGGGGGGUUAUUACAACGGCAACGGCCCGAGGAGAGACAUCGGGGAUGAUGGCGGCGGUGACGGUGGUGGUGGUGGAGCUGCUCUAGGCAGUUCAAGCCAGAAAUCUCCAACGUCACCAUGGCAUAACAAUAGAUUUCACGAAGCCCGUAAGCAGGAAGCCCGCCAGCAGUGUCGUCGCCCAGAGCAGCAAGGUGCCCAGCAGGCUGAUCGUCACCAACAACCGCAAGACCAGCGGAUACCGGUAGGUCACGACAGACAGCAGCAGCAGCAGCAGCAGCAGCAGCAGGAAUCAAGUGGUUCUACAGCACAUCUUCCCACUCAGCCUCAGCCGCCACUCUACGUUCGCGGUCCCACGUUGCACCUCGUCCCCCGCCCACUCAAGAUCACGAAGAAAACCAAUAAUACGUCCCGUGCGGUGACGGCCGAGGGGUCCGGAGGGCUAGCCCGCAGUACCGCGAGCGCAAGCCGCCCUCAGCAACCAUACGUCGCGAACGAGAGAGGACAACGGAGCAGCCGGGGUCAGCAGGACGGCCGCACAGUAGUCAGCCCGGAGCCACACAUCAAAGGAGUGGGAUUCCCCCCUGAAUUGCCACUGGAGGAACUGAUAGACGAGGUCGAGAUGCUGUGGCGAAGGGCGUGA